GCUCAACGCAUUGGCAGGAACAUGCCAACGGCAUUGGCUGCAAUAUGUGCACGUACUGGUAGCACGCAAGGAAAAAUAGCACAAUCCAAGCAACGCCCAAUGGCACCAUGAUGGAGAUGCAGCAGACCAAUACCACUCAGGCUGAAGCCGAGGGAGCGUCAACUCCUCAAGAAGGAAGUCAAGACAGCGGCCCGAUUGAGGGAAUCACAGCCCUGCAGGAUUCAGAUUACAACUUGCCCGAAGCCGAGAGACAAAUGAAGGAAGAAGAACUUUCCUUCUAUUCGGCCUCUGAAAAUGAACAUGGAGAUGACAAUAUAUGGGGACUCCUUAGUGGAGUUGGAGGCAACAUUUUCGAGUGGUAUGAUUUUGCCGUUUACGGCCUGCUGGCUCCAGAGAUCGGACAAUGCUUCUUUCCCAAGAGUUCUCGUGAGCUCCAGCUUAUAAAUUCGUUUGGAGUGUACCUUGCCGCCUUUAUCAUGAGACCGUUGGGUGCCAUUUUGUUUGGUGAAAUGGGAGACAGAAUGGUCGGUCGCAAAGAUGCACUGGCUUUCUCCAUCAUCUUGAUUACGGUGCCCUCAGUACUACUAGGCCUUUUACCGACAUACGAAACCUGGGGCCCCGUUGCUCCCGUCUGUCUCGUCAUUCUGCGCAUGAUGCAAGGAUUGAGUGUUGGAGGUCAGCUGGCUGGAAGUUAUGUUCUAUCCAUUGAGCAGAGUUCGCCCAAAACUCGGGGGUUUCGUGGAUCCGUCUGCGAUGCUAGUUCCGUAGGCGGGUUUCUGCUGGCAUCGGCUGUCACAACCCUUACCAGAACUAUUCUUUCCAAAGAAGCUGUAAACACAUGGGGAUGGCGCGUUCCCUUUUGGGUUUCUUUACUGCUGGCUCCACUGCUCUACUACAUUGUUGGAAACACUGAAGAAUCAAAGUUUUGGGCCGAAAGAGCAGAGCAAAAAGAGACAGAACAACUCAUCCGAGAAAGCGAGCAUGCAGAUAGACCUGCCGUCGUCGAUUUGGUCAGCUCUCCCUUCAGAAGACGACAAUUAACAGGCAUGGUAGGUGUUCUCAGUGCGGUGGCCAGCUCGUUCUAUAUACUGUUUCUUUGGACUCCGGUGUAUCUAUCCGAACUCCGGGGUGUGAUGAAAGAGAAUGAGGCUGAUGCCCUGAACUUCUUGGUGGUGGGAUCCUACAUCAUUCUGCUCAUGAUUGCUGGAAGGCUAUCCGACAUGUUUCCCCACCGUAUGGAUCUUGUGAGGAUUGGGCUCCCAGGUGUCAUUGUCGGUUGCCCUGUCAUGUUUGGCCUCUUUGAAACGGAAUCUUAUGUCGGCUACUUUUUGGGCCAACUGCAGUUUGCAGUAUGUCUUUCGUUCGUUCAGGGUUGCAUGGCAGCAUGGGAGGUGGAAUUGUGGAUGGCUGAUCCUACACUUUCAUUUACUGGCGUUGCUGUGGGGCAUAAUCUGGCGGCAACGAUCUUUGGGGGGACAAUGCCUCUGGUGGCCACGUUCCUAUACUACCGAUCCAGCACGUACAUUGAAAACGGCGACUACGAGGAGGACGAUCCACUCUUUCCCAGGCUCAUUCCAGGUCUAUAUAUCUCUCUACUCGGCUGUAUUUCUUUCUAUUGCAUCAGCAACGUCAUUCGGCACCCGCAUGAUGUACGAACUGGCAGCCCCAAGCUCCGAGAAGCCAUUAGAAAGCAAAAUGAAUUCUUCAAGAAAGCCAAGAAAGAUAGGGAGAAGUUGAAACGACGAAGGCAGCUGGAGGGCAUUCUUGCAGAGAACGGUCUCGAUGUGCCAGUCAGCACAGCAACCUCGAGCCCUUCUGGUGCCGCCGAGGCACCGGUCUAUGUGCCUCCAGUCGUCUGAGCGAAUGGGAGAAGGAAGGGCCAACAGCCAACUGCGGAGAUUUGUACUGUACUUGGAUGGAGUUUGUUUGUCCAGCUGAAUUGUCAAAUACAAAUGUGUACCUGUACUGUAACGUCAUAGAAUUGUGAUAAAGCAAUCUGCUGCGCUACCAAAAUCGAGAGGGAAAAGCCGUGG